GCCGGUGACACACGUUCCUUUGACUUUGCUCCGGGAGGCGGGGCAAUGCUUAGAGUUAUACAACGUGGGGAAUAGCUGCGUAGAGGGGACUGCAACAUUUAUUUGUCCCCUAGUCCUUCACUAGAGGCAAAAUAGUAAUUUCGUUAGCUAAACAUGUAUCGGCGAGUUUUACAUUCCGCGUUAAGAAGCGUUACGAUAAAUCCUUCAGCCUCAAGAGCCGCUGUCGUAAAGGUUGGAGAGCAGCAAGCAGCUGUUCUCAGAUCAGCAGCAGCCUGCCCUGGUGCAUCCCGAAUACAGCAUCGGCGGCUUCACCUCACCAGAGAGCUGUCCGCAGUAAAAGAACCCGCAGAGGCCCCCAAAGAAGAGAUAGGAACCUUCACCAGACUCAUCGAAGCCAUGGGCUUUACGGGACCUCUCAAAUACAACAAAUGGAAAAUUAAGAUAGCAGCUUUACGAAUGUAUACCUGUUGUGUUGAGAGAAUCGCCUAUGAUGACUUCUUUGAAAAGUGCUCACUGCCGGACACACUCAACUCCUGGUUUUUGGUGGCAGAGCUCCAUGUGUGGAUGUGUCUCGUCCGGAUGAGGCAGGAAGGUCGAGCAGGGAAGUACCUUUGCAGGUAUCUGGUCCACUCCAUGUGGGAAGACGUGGAGCAGCGGUGUAAAAUAAUGGGGAUCGACGCUGUGGAGAGGAAGGAGAGCAUGAAGGUGAUGACCGAGACCUUCUACGCGGCUCUUUUUGGAUACGAUGAGGGCAUCCUGUCAUGUGACCGGGUCCUGGCAGCGGCUCUCUGGAGGAACUUGUUCAACAAACAGUGUGAGGACCCGCGGCAGCUGGAGCUUAUGGUGCAGUACGUCCGCAAGCAGAUGCAGUUCCUUGACUCUCUUGACGGGGAGGACUUGCUGCUGACCGGGGAGAUCAAGUGGCGCCCCCUAGUGGAGGAGAACGCGCAGAGCAUCCUGAAGGGGUCUUCUGUCACAUACAACGAUGCGGGUCUCUGAGACACCCGCACCCCCCUCUCUGGCUGUCAGUUCCGGUGCUGUAGACGGGAUACAUACACAAAUGUUGUAACUCCAGACCUGCACCAGCCCCCCCCCCCCCCCCACCAAAAAAAAAAAAAAAAAAACUACCUCCUUUCUCUCCUCGAACAGAUGACUAGCGUUGAAAUAUAGUGUUUUCUGCAAAUCACUGCACCAAAAGGCCGUUUUGGACGUUUAAUUUUCUGGAAGCUGGGAAAGGAUUUUUGUGUUUUUUGUGUCCUAACAGUUGAGUACAUACAGGUCUUAUUGUUGUGAAUGGGGUUCUUGAGUUUGAUUGCGGUUAUUGAGGAUUGAUUCAAUCGCCACACUUCUAGACCGAAGAAAAAGCAGAAUAUAGCAUUGUUUGUAAUUUUAUUUAAUUUUUUUUGUAUUUUCAGCAUGAUAGAUGUCACUUGGCUAUGGUGUCCUCUCUGUUUGUAAAGCUAAAUGGUUGUACUAUAAGGUUUUCCUGGGAAUGUGUGGUUUCCCAUCAGAUGUUAAACCAUUAUUGACUUGGAAGAAAGCAGUAUCAUGUCAUCUAAAAGAAGAAAGCACUGAUUAUCUCAGUAGAGGGCGCUGUCUUCCAUAAACUGUCAAUGUGAAGAACUUCAUUACUAGUAAACCUUUUUUUUAGCCUAUUAAAACACAUCAUCCAUAUUCAUUUUGGAACAGAUUUUACUUUCUAAUAAUUCUAAAAGUCUGAGGAAUACACGCACCUGCCCCUUUAGUACUUCCCCUCACUGUAAGAUUAUUAAUCCGAAGUUCCGAAUUGCUGAUUAGCUGUUGUGCAGAUCGACUUAUUUUACCAAUAAAAGUAUUUGCCAAGCUA